GCUCCAGGUACCGGCAGGGAUGCAGGUCACAGUGUGUCUGUGGUCAGGGCAGCAUACCCAGCGCACCGCCCAGCAUUGGCUCGUGGAGGUGACAGGGUGCUGUUUGUGGGCAGAUUUUGUUUUUCCCUCGGGAUAAAUAUUUCAUGAAACCACUGCAUAACUGACAGUUGGACAUGAAGGCUGUGACGUGUGGUUUUCAGCAAGCUCUCACCAUUCCCCUCCGGUCAAUUAUCUCAGCAAAGCACAGAGCGGUUGAGCCCAUCCACAGCGAUUUGCUCUGCAACCGAGCUCUGGUACGCACGCAGGGAUGAGAAAAGCUACAGAUGCCAGCGGGCAUCCCCUGCCACAUCCACCCAUGAGCCACCCAAGCGGAGGCUGAGCCCCCAUGGCUCCCUGCCCAGCAGCCCAUGCCAAGAAGCCAGAGCAGAUCUCCCAGCACAGUGAUGCUGCCAGCUCCCGGCUCUGCUGGCAGCGGCGAGUUACACAUGCAAUUGCGCAACGCAGCACGGUGCUCUCCAGGACCGCAGUGGCUUUCCAAGACUGCGCGGCGCGGAUUGGCCCGCAGCACCCCGCUCUCCUCCCUCCCUGCCCUCCCUUCCUUCAGCACCCUAAACCUACAGAGAUUGGACAGCCGGGUGCCACAUGGUAGAUUGGAACCAGGAUAAAAGAUGAGCAGCGUCCUCCGGGAGUUUGCAAAGAGGUGGCACCAAACUUUGCAGAACCGGGAUCAGGAACGGACAGACGAACGGACAGCGGCACUGCAGCCACCCAGGGACGGCCAAACAUUGAGUGGCAGCUGUAGAACAUCCCGUCCUCUCUGCUCCCAGCCAUGUCCCUGGUAGGGAAGGAGAAGAGCCAUGUGCGCUUGGUCUUCUUGGGUGCUGCCGGCGUGGGCAAGACGGCCCUGAUCCGCCGCUUCCUGCUGGACACCUUUGAGCCCAAGCACCGACGCACAGUGGAGGAGCUGCACAGCAAGGAGUACGAGGUGAGCGGGGCCACCGUGACGCUGGAGAUCCUGGACACCAGCGGCAGUUACUCCUUCCCAGCCAUGAGGAAGCUCUCCAUCCAGAACAGCGACGCCUUCGCUUUGGUUUAUGCUGUCGAUGAUGCCGAAUCCUUUGAAAGCGUCAAGAGUCUGCGGGAGGAGAUCCUGGAGGUGAAGGAGGACAAAUUCCCUCCCAUCGUGGUGGUGGGCAACAAGGCGGAGAUCGGCGGUGAGCGGCAGGUGCCGGCAGAGGAUGCGCUGUCACUGGUGGAGCUGGACUGGAACAGCCGCUUCGUGGAGACGUCAGCCAAGGACAACGAGAACGUGCUGGAGGUCUUCAGGGAGCUGCUGCAGCAAGCCCAGCUGCCCGGACGCCUCGGCCCUGCGCUCUGCAGGAGGAGGGAGACCUUCCCCAACGAGCACGGGCUGCGGCCCCCCAUGAACAAAACCAACAGCUGCACCGUGUGCUGAGCCCGGUGGGAUGCAGGUGGGCUGCUGGCCAGGACCCCUCUCCUCCCCUCCCUUCCCUCCUCACUCGGCACUGUGGGGGUCAGUGGAGCGUGGGGAGGGAGGCGGAUGGGAUGGUGCCGCUUUGGUUUGGUUGGGAAGGUGUGGGGAGAGGGUGGGAUCCCAAAAGGGUGUGCCCACCUGGGAUGCAGUGGGCACUCAGGCUGCACCCAUACUUGCAGGAAGAGGACAGGCAGUGGGAUUUGGGCUGCAUGCAUCUCUACGGGCACUGCUCACUGUGCCACCUCCACCCCUGGAUCCCCUCCGGGUUCUGUGCCCAGCACACCCCAACACCCACAUGUGCAGCGUCCCGGUGCAGCAAUGGUUACAAUGAGCAUCCGAGGUAGUUGUGUUUGGGUAGGCACAUAGAGCAUGCGAUAGGGCAGCCUAUGCAUCUCUUCAGUUUUCUAUUUCUGUUUGGUUUUUUGUUUGUUUGUUUUUUUAAGCAUGCCCAAUAAACACGGUGAUGCAAAACAGA